ACAGCUAUUGCGAGCAGUUUGCUUUUGAAGAGCAAUAUCUUUCCACAGUUUGGCAGUCAUUGAUAGUGGGCAGACAUGAUUAUUUGGGGGGGUCUUAUCUUUUAUCUAUCAACCAACUCCCUAUCGCCUGGCGGAGUAGGGAUUGCGGAGUGCGGAGUGCGGAUCUAUGGGACUAGUUAAAAACCCAAGUUAAGGGAUAGCGGAAUGCGGAGUGCGGAACAAAAGUCUCGGAUAAGAAAGAUAAGAUUAGGUGCGACGAUCACCGUUGUAAAUGUAAAUCAUUCCAAUUAUAUAUAAUGUGCAAACUCUCAUUAUUUACAGAAAUAAACCAAAUAUGGAACCAGUUCUUACUCAAGCCUACGGGUAUGGAUUUGCAGUCGGAUUGGGUGCAGCGUUUGCUCUUUUGAUGGGCUUUAUUACUCGAGUUCUCUCGAAAUACUUGGGACAAACCCAGAACUCUGAACGGUUUUCAACCGCUUCCAGAAGUGUCAAAUCAGGUUUAAUUGCUUCCAGUACAGUGUCAGCAUGGACUUGGCCUGCAACGCUUCUUAGUUCAGGAGCCUGGUCUUAUAGCCAUGGUAUUAGUGGUGGGUUUUUAUACGGAAUUGGAGGAACCUUUCAGAUUACCCUCUUUUUGUUUUUGGCAAUUCAGCUUAAGAAAAAAGCUCCUUCAGCCCACACAGUAUCGGAAUGCUUCUACAUCCGGUUUGGAAAAGCUGGACAUUGGUGCUUUUUGGUGUACUGCAUUUCUAAUAACGUUAUCAGUGCUGCUUGUAUGCUUUUAGGUGGUUCGCAAGGUUUUGCGGCCACUACCGGAAUGCAUGUGGUAGCAGCUAGUUUCUUGUUACCCAUGAAUGUUGUGGCAUACACGGCAUUGGGAGGUUUGAAAGCUACAUUUGUGUCCGAUUGGAUCCACACGGUUAUUAUUUUCGGGGUUUUACUUGCAACCUGUUACACCAUCUACUGCUCAUCUCCGCUCAUUGGAUCUCCAGGAAAGAUGUACGAUCUUUUACAGGAAGUACAGGCGGUUUUCCCGCUGGAGACCGGCCAAAGUUACCUUUCAUUCCACGAUAAGUCGAUGAUCUUACUUGCUUGGUCUGUGGCCAUUGGAGCUCUUAGUUCUGUCUUUGGAGACCCAGGGUACUCUCAGAGAGCCAUUGCCGCAGACUCUUCCAGUGUGUUUGAAGGAUACUUAAUGGGCGGACUUUGCUGGUACAUCAUUCCUUUUGCCCUUGGGCUGUCCGGGGGUUUAGCUACCAGGGCUUUACUUACUAAUCCCAAGUCGGUGACUUAUCCCAAUGCCUUAACACAAGAAGAGGUCAAUUCGGGGUUGCCAGUGAUCUACGCGAUGACUUCUCUUUGGGGUAAAAGUGGUGCGGCGGCCGGACUUGUAACGUUGUUUAUGUCAGUGACGUCGUCGACUUCUGCUGAGCUUAUUGCGUUUUCCUCCGUAUCCACUUACGACAUCUACAGAACAUACAUCAAUCCUAAUGCUUCUGGAAAGCAGUUAGUUCGGAUGGCUCAUAUGACUGUGUGUGGAUUUGGGUUGUUCACAGCCGUAUUGGCCACGGUCUUUAACUACAUUGGUGUCACCGUGGGAUGGUUGAUUAGUUUCUUGGGAAUCAUCUUGACUCCCUCAGUCAGUGCGGUAACAUACACCUUAUUUUGGCCCAAAAUGACCAAGUUAUCGUUGGUUAUCGGAUGUCCGCUUGCAACGUUAACUGGGAUUGCCGCCUGGAUUGCAGGAACUUAUUGCUAUUCGAACGGAAUCAUCGACAAGGACACUCUCAAUGGAUCAACCGCAACUUUCAUUGGAAACAUCUCUGCGUUGAUGAGUGCUGCUAUCUACAUUCCAGUUAUCUCUUUCAUUAAACUUGACAAAGAACCCUUUGACAUGAGCAAAUUGAACAGUGAGAUGACAGUGGGUGAUGAUGUCGAUAAAGAGGGGAAGGAAGCGUUGAUUGUCACCGAGAGCAUUGACAAGCUUUUGAACAGGCAGUCUUUCUUGACAAUAUUGAUCAACAUCUUCCUCUUCUUCGGAAUCUACAUUGUUCUUUGUGUUUCGUUAUACGGAAUUAAGAAGGAUUUCAGCAAGAGUUCGUUUGUAGGUCUUAUGAUUGUUAUGUUGAUAUGGCUUGUGGUAGCUGCUGCAUACAUCAUCGUCUACCCAUUGUGGCAGGGAAGAUUCUCGAUUGCAAAAUUGGUCAGACUUAUGUUAGGAAUGGACCAUAUGGUAGAGGAGAAAUCGGAGGUAGAGGAUCUUUCUCAGGGCGGGUCCCUUUCGGAGGCCCCCGACUCUGUGGUGGAGGUUGUGUAUUCAGCUAAGAAAUAAAUGUUUAUAUUUUUAAUAAAUGAGAGAGUUUUAGUAAA